AUGUCACGACGACGAUCGCGAGCUUCCUCAACCUUGCUUAAGCUGAAGAAACCCUUCUGGAGUUCAACGCCACCAACGCAAACUAUUGAACUUAGUCAGCAAUUUACCGAAUAUGAUGUAGAUCUCGAAUCCGGAUCCGUUCACGAUCGCGAUUUCUCAAGUCGAAGAAACUCCUUCACCGAGAGCAUCCGUUCUGGGAUAAGCGAUUUCGCUGUGCGCUGGACUAAAUCCUUCGAUGACUUUACCCGGCAACUUCAAAACGAGUCACGGGAGCGUGAUAUUCUACGUCAACCUUCACUGUCACCAUCUCCAGAACCCUCGCCAGAACCCUCGCCAGAAUCCUCGCCAGAAUCCUCGCCAAUACACCACCAGCCCUCGCUGAACAUUGAAGCCUCUCUUCUCUCAUUGCUUCAAGAUCAGAAUGAAGUCCCAGGGGAUUCAACGAGCCCAUCAGAUGUAUUGCACCAGAGGUCCAAUUCAGGUCCGGUGAUGCACGACAGCAACUCCCUGGCAGCUGUUCUACAAGCUCGCAGUGAGCUGGACCCCGUCACCCGGCGGGGAGGUUCGCGCCAUGCAGACAAUCCAGUACAAUUAGAUCCUGAACCUCAGCAGCAGUCGUCGCAAUACAUAGGGCCCAGCAACUCCCCAGCAGCUGAUCCACAAGCUAUCAAUGGCACUAUAACAAGAUCAGAUUCUACAUAUCAGCUGUGGGUAGAAUUCCAGAAGCACCUCGAAAGUCCAGAGGAGUCCCAUGUGGUCUAG